UUUGACAACUCGUCGAACUUCAACAGUACACACUCUAACAAUUCACACACACCUUCCAAGGAUCAGUCAGACCCACAGCUUCGUCUGCGCUCUUACUCCUACUCCUCCCCCAAGGCCCAGCUUUCACGCCCCCUGUUCACCCGAGAUGCAGCGAUCUCCGACCUGACAGAAGAGCAUAGAGACUUCAACUUGACUGAGACACCCAGAGAGAAGAGGAUUGAAGAUGAGGAGUGGGAUAAAUACAUAAUUCCCUCCAAGGUUGAGUCAGAGAAAUACAAAGUGAGCAGAACCUUCAGCUUCCUGAAGAGCAGGAUGUCCAGCCCACGUAACAAGAUCAAGGUGAAGGAGGGAAAAGAGAAGACUGGAAAGGAGAAGACAGGAGCAACUAACGUACACCAGUUUGUGYCAGUCUCUCCCUCAGGACCCUCUGGUCUGUCUGUAUAUGUGGCCUGUGACAAGCCUGUCCCUGGGAAAGAGUUGCUGCAGUGUACCAACUGCUCUCUGAGUGUCCAUAAGGGCUGUCGUGACUCGGCUGCAGCCUGUGGGAAGAGGCCUCUGGAGAAGAAUGUGGCGAUGUUAAAGACCAAAUCUCUCCCACACAUGAUGAGGGAGGGUUCCCCUGCCUCCCUCACCUCUUCCUCCUCCCUCCUCACGAUGCUUCCCCGAGGCAGAAAAUAUAUGACUGCUCCCCUAUCUAAGAGCCCCUCUGAGUCUACAGACAGGAGGCUGAGGGAUGCUGUGGGGGUUAGUGUGGACAGUGAUGUGUGGAACAGCUGCUCCCUUAAUGAAGAGGGGGUACAGGUCACAGGGACCGCCCCAUCCACAGACCACCAUCUCACCACACAGGAGUCGGUCGACACCCCMCUGCUCAGCGACCUAUCGGCUGACCUGUUGGGGUUUGAGGUGGAGUCCUGGAGUCUGGCCGUCACAACUGAGUUCUGCAGAAAACACGACAAACACACCGUCAAACGUCAGGAUGUCAUCUACGAGCUGAUGCAGACAGAGUUGCACCACAUCCAGACACUGACGGUGAUGUCCGAGGUGUUUCGUCGAGGGAUGCUGGAUGAGCUCCAACUGGACUGGGAGUGUGUGGCUCGCAUCUUUCCYUGUCUGGAUCCUCUCCUGCUCUUCCACAGGAAUCUCUUCGGAUCUCUACAGGAGCGGCGAUACGCUUCAGCCCAGCCAGGACACCCACACAACUACUGCAUCCACAGUAUAGGGGAUAUACUGUUGCAACAGUUCUCAGAAGACAACGCUGUGAAGAUGAAGCAAGUGUACGGAGARUUUUGUAGUCACCACACGGAGGCUGUCAAAGUCUUCAAAGAGCUGCAGCAGCAGAACAAGAAGUUCCAGGUGUUUGUCAAACAACAGAGUAACAACUCUCUGGUCAGAAGAAGGGAGGUGCCAGAGUUCAUCCUGUUAGUGACUCAGCGCAUCACCAAGUACCCUGUACUACUGGAGAGGAUACUGCACUAUACACCCGAGGGCAGUGAGGAGCACACUGAGCUGUCGCAGGCACUCAUUCAGGUGCGUGACAUCAUCACUGCAGUGGACAUGAGUGUGAGCAAGUACGAGAAAGCCCAGGAGCUGCAGGAGGUGUUGAGUCGUGUGGAGAACAAGAGCCUUUCCAAGCUGAAGAGCGGCGAGGUGUUCCGCAAGGACGACCUGCUAGGAAAACACCAACAGAGGGCGCUGCAGCACAAAGGACUUGUCUACUGGAAAACCGCUACAGGACGACUGAAAGACACCCUGGCUCUGCUGCUGACUGACGUCCUGGUGUUCCUGCAGGAGAAGGACCAGAGACUCAUAUUUGCCGCCGUGGACCAGAAGCCCCCAGUCAUCCCCCUGCAGAARCUAAUUGUGAGAGAGGUAGCCAAUGAGGAGAGAGGGAUGUUCCUAAUCUCUGCCUCCUCAGUGGGGCCUGAGAUGUACGAGGUUCACACCUCCUCGAAAGAAGAGAGGAACGCCUGGAUGAGACACAUACGACGGGCCGUAGAGAGUUGUCCUGAGGAAGAGAGAAGUGUUGAGACUGAGGUCAGACGGAACACUGAGCUGAGAGUUCAGAAGAUCUACAAACUCCAAGAUACCCUGGCAAGUCAGGACCAGCGUAUCUGCAGGGGUCUGGAGGAGAAGCUACAGCUGUAUGCCGAGCUGACAGAGUUAACCCUUCGUACACCAGAGCCCCUGCCACAGCACCACCUACUGGUCCAACCAGACCCUGAUGCUCAGAUGCCACCGCAGACCACUGCACUACUCACAGCUGCACUCAAAGAGGCGGAGAAGCUGAUGUCUACCUUGCAGGCCAGUGAGGCCCCCACUGAGCCCAGCCACAGCCCCCCUGUCAGAGUCCCAGAGUACUGCAGCUACAACAGCCAUUGCAGGAUUCAGGAGUUACCCGCGGAGUUGGACUAUCUGAGCACGCUCAGAAGGAGCUCGGCCUCUCUGUUGUCGGAUGGCGAGUGGGCAGGGCCAGACACCAUCUUGUGGCACUCUAUAACCGAGCUGAGGAGAAGAGACACCAAUGGAACACCAAUGAAGGUGGCAGAGAGUGUCCAGAGCCUGACCCAGCUGCUCUACAGUCUGCAGGCAGCUGUGACCAUCCAGGACAGCUGCUAUGAGGUUCAAAAGCUCCUCCUACUGGAGCUAGAGCACCCGCUCCCACACACCCCCUCCUGUCUCCAUGGCAAUGGGGCCCAGGAGCAGGAGAAACAGCGGAGUGCUGAGAAGAAAAAGGAGGAGGUAGAGAGGAUGAGUGUGGAAAGGAGGAGAGAGGAGGUGGAGGGGAUUCAGAAGCUACAGGGGAGGCUGAGACAGGACCAGCAGCGCUGGGAGAGAGAGUGUCUGGCCAGGGAGAGACAACAGGGGGAGCAGGUGAGUCUGUUGGAGCAGCGUGAGCGACAGUGCCACCUGGAGGCUGAGAGGCUGCGCCGCGAGCGGGAAGAGCUGGAGCAGCAGCUGUUGGAGUACCAGCAGAACCUAGAGAGGCUGAGGGAGGGUCAGAGGAGCAUGGAGAGGGACAGGGACAGGGUGGAAGCUGAGCACAGGCUGCUCCAGAGCUGGAGACACAACCGCCAGAGCUCCCUGCCUAUUAUGAUAUUGCUGGACGUGGACCAGGUGUCCAACCACAGUCGGUCAGGCAGCCUGGACGGCAACRAGGCUGCUCUUCUCCAUUCCCUCCAACAGAAUCGUCUCCACUCUGGCCUGAGAAAGAGCCAGGACAGCCCCAAUCACAGCCCCAUCCAUAGCCCCAACCUGAGCCUCAGGCCCAGCCUCUAUAACAGCCUCAACACUCUGCUCAGCCAGGCCCACAGUAAACCAUCCACAGAAUCACUGACACACCAACACUAUGCUCACCCCCAGCACAGCCACCUCCAGUCAGGAAGCUCCCCAAACAACCCCUUUAGGAGCAGGUUCACCACAGGACAUGAGGGGCCCAACAACAACAAUUUCAGCCCUCCUCGGGACAGGCUGACCCUGGGGUUGUUGGGUUCAUUGGGGUCAGGGGUCACAGGCCUGGGUCUGUACGAGGAGAACUUCCCCGCCUCGGCCUCCUUCACUCCUCUGCUCACCCCACAGGCCUGCUUCUCUUUGAAUGGAAAGAACAGGGAGGAUGGGGGAGAGGAGAACAUUGCGUACCUCUGAAGAAUGACAAGACUGAUAGAGUGAUGGAAGAGAAGUGUGCAGUGGCCAACUGCCUUAUGUACAUCUAUCAAUGUACCCCCUCUCUGCCUUUGUGUGUGUGUGUGCGUGUAAAWGUUUUUUACAAAAAAAUGGGAAUGCAGGGCCGUAACUAGGGUUUGAGUUUGUGAGGUCYGGAAGCGACGAAACAAAAAAGCAUUACAUUUUUAGCUGUAUUGUACUGUAUUGUUUGCAUUUUAAUGUAGGCCUUUAGGGAAGAUAUGCCAUUUKAAUGUUUAUACUGAAACAUUUAAGUUCAUAGCUUGUUUGAUCAGAUUAGUACAGAUUUUCUCAGGGAACACCACUUUGGGCCUUGACCCCAACUUUAGGAACCACUGUACUAACAUCCCUCUCUCAUCUGCUUCCGCCUUGCAGCCUGCCUUAGCCUCGCAUCACUGUCUGUAUCAGUAGCUUACUCUAUAAAGCAAAGUUAUAACUUUUUUCUCCUGCUGAGGUAGGCUCCAUUUAACGUUAGCUUCUUACUUCAUCCUUCCAGCUGGCUAAGUAAAACUAGCUAGAGCCCUUCAACUUACUGCAAUAAGUCUCCGCCAGCAGAUGGCCACCUGACUGACAUAUCUAUAAGCGACUAUUUACCAGUUGUGCACUCAUUCUCUGAGAAUCGUUUUUUGUUUGGGGGAUGUCUGUAGACACGGCUGGGGUGCGGGACAGUUAAAUUACCUUUAGUCCGGCAUCUCGCAAACACUGUCUCUAGACUAGUUUCCUAUUGAGCCGAUUGCAAGCUGGGUAGUUCAUUUCACGUCGCUCUCGGCCUGUGCCGUGAAAGGGCAGAGUUAACCGUUUGAGAGAGUGGAGAAUGUGCUGCUAAAAAGUCAAAUCCAGGUGUACAUAAUGGACAAACCACUGUUCAUGAUUCCACUCAUUCACAAAGAGGCAGGCGUGAUUGGAACUCAGUCAGAUCAAUGAUAUAAGCAUUCUGGGCUUUGAUCAACGCUGGGAGCAAUAUUUAGAUGUUGACCCUUAAUAGAUCUUUAUUCACUGAGUAUACCUGUAAUAAUGGAGCUGUGAGUCGGGAAGCAGGUGCAGUUGAAGCGUUUAAYAAAACAACAAAACAUUUCCAUAUGGCUACACUCCGGUACAAAAAAAUAAUACCAACUGGUGAGUGAACAUAAGAGCAUAUGAAGGUAAUAUGAACAUAUGAAGGUAAUGAAGUCCAGGUGUGAAUCAUAAUGAUUAACAGGUGCGCGUAAUGAUGAGUGCCAGGUGUGUGUAAUGAUGAAUCCCAGGACCGAUGGUAGUAUUCCGGCGACGUCAUAYGCCUGGUUUCCGGGUUAAGCGGGCGGGUGUUAAGAAGCGCGGUUUGGCGGUUCAUGUUUCGGAGGACGGAUGACUUGAGCUUCGCCUCCAGAGCCUGUUGGGGAGUGGCAGCGAUGAGACAAGUUUGAAAUUAGGGAGAAAAAGGAGGUAAAAUACAUAUAUAUUUUAUAUAUAUAUUGUAUAUAUAUUGUAGAGGUGGCAGCCUCUUUGAAGAUUGGAUGCGUGGUUUCAGAUAGUUAUUUUUAGGCACCCAUGAGAUUAAAUGUCAUUCCUGUUAAUCAUGUUAAGUUUGUACAUUUCAAAUUUCCUUCAAUAUUUAUGCAUGUUACAUAUUCUAAUAUAAUAUUAAUAAGAAUUUCAUAAUAAUAAUAUAAACAUAGCUGAUUACAUAUAGUAAUACAUUGUAACUAUUCCAACUUUGGGAAUUGCAUAGGCUCUCGAGGAACUCCUAAAUCUCUGUAAGCCUCAUUGAAGCUACAAAACUGUCAGUGUUCAACUUUAACGUGUGAUGACAAUAGAUCAGAACAGAUGAACAGGAAUGACAUUUAAAAAAUAUAUACAUGUUAUCGCCACGCCCUAACUAAGCCACGCCUCCACUACAUGGUUCCUCCAGGAACCUGUUGUCACAUUGCAACGUUAAAGGUUCCUCCAAGGAUCUUUCAACUAACCAAAGGUGCAAAUAUGAACCAUUGACUAGCAAUGAUUCCUUGAGGAACUCCAGGUGAUCCUUGAGGAUCUCCGGGGUUCCUCGAGUCGCCAUUAAUUCUAGGAGUGCAGUAUGUGUUUUUUUGUAAGUAACCCUCUCUUUAGUGCAUACUCAAACCAAUUUUCCUUUGUGCCCAAAAGCUCCUUAAAACUAUAGGUAUUUUAAUUUGGUGCGCUUUGUGUUAUUGUGCUUCCCUUGUCAAAACUAGUUGCACUUUUAUGAUGGUCUAAAUUUCCCUCCUUGAAAUACAGGGAUGCAGGGCACUCCCAUAAGAGUGUUAAAGGUGUAGUUUGUUCAAAAAUUAUAUUUGAGUAUUUUGUUCACUAAUCAGCUGUUAAGUUUUCAAGAUAAAGCACUUUCAGUGCACCGCAAAAAAAUGUAAUACAUUUUUUUACUGAUGACAUGCACAUUUUGGGGGGAGUUUUGGGGAUCUCUUUGAGUUGUUAUAUACUAGGGGCAUUGGGAAGAUGUUUGGGGGUGGGGGGUGCUGCAAAAUUAUWAUUUUUUUGCAUGCGCUAUAGAUGGCUAUAUUGGUCCGCUAAUACAGGACUAGCAAAGUGGAAAUGUUUAUUCAUAUUUUUAUUUUUAUCCAGAUCUGCAGCACCCUCAGCACCCAUACUCUACUAUGUGCCAAAUGUCCAUUGUCAAGAUGUAGUUUGUUUAAUAUACGUUGCUUAUUACUCUAAAGAGAAAUACAGAUGACAUGUAUGUUGGUUUAUUUUUAGUUGGUUUGUAUGUUAUUUAUUGUGACGUAUUCAUGCACUGUCAGAGGGGUUGGGUUAAAUGCGGRAGACACAUUGUAUAAUGUUAUGUUUUUGUUGAUGUUGUGUAAUAUGGAUGUCUUCCCCCUUAAGUUGUAAUAUAUGUAUAAUUGAAAGAAACCUGUGCCUUGUGCCAUAUUAACUAAAUACUAUAAAAUGCAUAACCAGCAA